AUGAAAAACCAUUAUACAUCUGAAUUAGAUACAAUCUCCGUUAGAACUCGUGCAUCAUAUGGGCAAGGACGCACACUAAGGACAAGAGUUAUUGUCAUGAAACCACUAGUAUUUUUUUUUCUUCUGUCCCUUGUUUUUUCCUUUGUAACAUAUAAUCUGAUUACCAUGGUUAUAAGGUAUACAUUUGUUGGCUUUGAGAAAUCAAACUCAAAGGCUGUUGGUUUCACUCAACUAUUUCUUGAUCCCAUUAUUCACAUGCCUCACAAUCUCACAAAACCUAAACCCCAAAAGUUGUUAUUCCAUAUUGCAUUAACAGCAACUGAUACUCCUUAUAGCAAGUGGCAAUGCCGCAUCAUGUACUAUUGGUAUUUGAAAAAGAAGAAUUUACCAGGUUCAGAGAUGGGAAAAUUCACUCGAAUCCUUCAUUCAGGAACCCCUGACAAUCUAAUGGAUGAAAUUCCCACAUUUGUCGUUGAUCCUCUUCCACAAGGUUUUGAUAUGGGUUACAUUGUCCUCAAUAGACCUUGGGCAUUCGUUCAGUGGUUGGAGAAGGCUACCAUAGAAGAGGAAUACAUACUUAUGGCAGAGCCUGAUCACAUUUUUUUGAACCCGCUCCCAAAUUUAGCUUAUGGAGAUUACCCAGUUGCUUUCCCUUUUUUCUACAUGAAACCUGCCGAACACGAGGAGAUCAUAAGGAAAUUCUUUCCCAAAGAAAAUGGUCCUGUAACAAAUGUUGAUCCCAUUGGAAAUUCCCCGGUCAUCAUUAAGAAGAAUUUGUUGGAGCAAGUUGCAACUACAUGGAUGAAUAUUUCUCUAAGAAUGAAGCAUGAUGAAGAAACGGAUAAAACUUUUGGCUGGGUCUUAGAAAUGUAUGCGUAUGCUGUAGCUUCUGCUUUGCAUGGUGUGCAGCAUAUUCUUCGGAAAGACUUUAUGCUACAGCCACCCUGGGAUUUGGACACUAGAAAAAAGUUUAUCCUCCAUUACACUUAUGCGUGUGACUACAACAUGAAGGGUGUGCUUACUUAUGGAAAAAUUGGAGACUGGCGAUUUAAUAAGAGGUCCUAUAUCAAAGGACCUCCACCUAAAAAUCUAUCCCUGCCUCCACCUAACGUCCCUGAAAGUGUGGUAACUCUCGUGAAGAUGGUAAACAAAGCAACUGCCAACAUUCCAAAUUGGUGAGCAGAGCAGUGAUAUUAUACUAUUUGAAGCCCAAC